AUGGCAGAAGUAACAGCAACUCAAACCGAGUACCACGAUACAGAACUUGUAAAUACCGUUAAUGAAAGUACGAACGACCCUGAUAGUCGUGUAAUUAUCAUUGCAAUCGAUCAUUCUACACAUUCACAUCAUGCGUUCGAUUGGGCGGUAAAAAACUUUCUCAGAAAAAAGGGUGACAAGGUCGUUCUAGUAAACGUACGUCCAGUCCCGACAGUUCCGGGACCAUAUGGUGAGCCAGCCGCUAUUGGUGCGGCUUACAUGGACUUUAGCGAAGUAGUCAGUAAUCUCGAAGAGCAGUAUCGAGCAAACAGUCAUUCACUAUUGAAAGACUUUGCCAGCAAGUUAAAGGCUCAGGGUUUUGAAUGUAAAGCAAUAGCCAUGCGAGGUGAUGCACGAGAUGAACUGGUUCGUAAAGUAACCGAACUCAAAGCGGAUGCACUUGUUAUUGGUUCCCGUGGUCUUGGUGUAUUCAAGCGGUAA